UCUCAUAUAUUCUCUCUUUCUUUUUUUUUCUUACAUUAAGCGCAGAGAUUUCCCACUCAUCACGAUCGAUUCUCAUUGUUUUUUGUCGGCCAACGGCAUAAUCUUUAUAUUUAUAUCAUACCAAAAUCGUGAAUCACGCUCAACUCCUCCUGCAUGUGACAAAAUAUAUAUUCAUAAAAGUUUACUAAGUCAUUCGUCAUAUCAUAGUAAUCGCUAUAUAUAUAUAUAUCGAUCUGGUUGGUUAAUGCAUGGAAAAAUAUAUAAAACGCUACUCUGCUUCACUAGUUUAGGUAUCUCAUUCGUCAUAUCAUAUCAUAUCAUAAGCUACUCUCGAAACUGCGCUUGUAUAGUUCACAACUUCACAGCCUACGUACGCUUUGAGAAAAUGGCAUAUCCUCAAAGAUCUCUCAGUGUUGAUCCAAGAAGUGGUUUCUGCAAAUCAAACUCUACAUUCUAUAGCAAACGCAACCCAUUGAGUCUCCCACCACAUCCUUCCCUCGACGUCACAACUUUCAUCUCCUCUCAACCGCACCACGGCACCACCGCCUUCAUCGAUGCCGCCACGGGACACCGUUUAAGCUUCACUGAUCUCUGGAGAGCCGUGGAUCGCGUCGCCGACUGUCUUUAUCAUGAAGUCGGAAUACGAAGAGGUGACGUCGUCCUCAUCCUCUCUCCAACCUCAAUCUAUAUUCCCGUCGUCUGCCUCUCCGUCAUGUCUCUUGGCGCCGUCGUCACCACCGCCAACACUCUCAACACCGCCGGUGAAAUCUCUAAACAGAUCGCCGACUGCAACCCAACUCUGGCGUUCACCACGCGCCAGCUGGCUCUCAAACUCGCCGACGCUAUCUCCGUUGUACUCACCGAGGACGAAGACGGAGAGGAACCAGCUAGCGGAUUAAGAGUCGUUGGGAUAUUAAGCGAGAUGAUGAAGAAAGAACCUAGCGGUAAACGAGUCAGAGACCGAGUCAACAAGGACGACACGGCGAUGAUGCUUUACUCGUCGGGAACCACAGGACCGAGCAAAGGAGUGAUCUCGUCUCACGGUAACUUAACCGCUCACGUGGCGAGACACCUCUCGGAUAAACUGAAACGUGACGAGAUAUUCCUAUGCACCGUUCCAAUGACCCACACUUUUGGAUUACUAGGCUACGUCAUGAGGACCGUAGCUAUGGGAAUGACGGUGGUUGUUCUCCUGAGAUUCGAGCUUCACGAUAUGUUAGACGCAGUGGACAAGUACAAAGCCACGACUCUAGUAAUGGCGCCGCCGGUUUUAGUAGCUAUGCUCAACGGUGCAGAUCUGAUCAAGGCCAAGUACAAUCUGAGCUCACUGAGGACGGUGAGGUGUGGUGGAGCGCCGUUGAGCAAGGAGGUUACGGUAGGGUUUUUAGAGAAAUUUCCAUCGGUUGAUAUACAUCAGGGGUAUGCGUUGACGGAAUCGAACGGGGGAGGGGCUUACACGGGUUUUGUAGAGGAGAGUACUCGGAGAUACGGCACGGCCGGGACGUUGACGUCUGAUGUGGAAGCGAGGAUCGUGGAUCCUAAUACAGGUAGGGUCAUGGGAGUUAAUCAAACGGGUGAGCUCUGGCUCAAGGGCCCUUCAAUUUCCAAAGGUUAUUUUAAAAACCAAGAAGCAACAAAUGAAACUAUCAACGUAGAAGGAUGGCUAAAAACUGGAGAUCUCUGCUAUAUUGAUGACGAUGGUUUUCUUUUUGUUGUGGAUCGACUGAAAGAACUUAUCAAAUACAAAGGCUAUCAGGUGCCUCCAGCUGAACUAGAAGCUCUUUUGAUCACUCAUCCAGACAUUCUCGAUGCCGCCGUCAUUCCGUUUCCGGACAAAGAAGCAGGACAAUAUCCGAUGGCUUACGUGGUGCGAAUGUCCGAGAGCAAUCUAUCCGAGAAACAAAUUAUUGAUUUCAUCUCUAAACAGGUGGCACCAUAUAAAAAGAUAAGAAAGGUUGCGUUUAUAAAUUCCAUACCAAAGACCGUAUCCGGCAAAACACUACGCAAAGACCUAAUCAAACUGGCAACUUCUAAACUUUGAAAGUAUCUAUUUGCUACUUUCGUAAUUUUAUUGAUGGUAUUGUUUACUUCUUCUAAUAUUCAUUUAGUUUGUGUUUUUUUUUGUCACUUCUCAUUCAAUUGCAUGCAUAUAUACAAUUAUGUAUUGUAAAG